AGUAUGCCGCCAACUGAAUUUAUUAGAAGCUGAUUAUUUUGGAUUAGAAUAUCAAGAGCAAUCAACACAUACAAAAUAUUGGCUUGAUUUAGAAAAACCAUUAAAUCGUCAAGUUGGCCUUUCAUUAAUUGAUCCGAUGUUAAGAUUUUGUGUAAAAUUUUAUACACCAGAUCCAGCACAAUUGGAAGAGGAAUAUACAAGAUAUUUAUUUUGCUUACAAAUAAAACGUGACUUAGCAACUGGCAGUUUACAAUGUAAUGAUAAUACAGCUGCAUUAAUGGCUAGUUAUAUUGUACAGGCAUCAUGUGGUGAUUAUGUUGCUGAAGAUUAUCCAGAUCAUACAUAUUUAUCAUCAUAUCGAUUUGUACCACAUCAGGAUUCAAUGAUGCAACGUCGUAUUAUGGAAAAUCAUAAAAAGCAUGUAGGUCAAUCACCAGCAGAAGCUGAUUUAAAUUUACUUGAAACAGCGCGUCGCUGUGAAUUAUAUGGUAUGAAAAUGCAUCCAGCGAAAGAUGUUGAAGGUGUACCAUUAAAUUUAGCAGUCGCACAUAUGGGUAUUGCCGUCUUCCAAAAUAUAACGCGUAUAAAUACAUUUUCAUGGGCAAAAAUUAGAAAAAUAUCAUUUAAAAGAAAACGUUUUUUAAUAAAAUUACAUCCGGAAAAUUAUCAGGGCUAUUAUAAGGAUACUGUAGAAUUUUUCUUUGAUACUCGUAAUGAAUGCAAAAAUUUUUGGAAAAAAGCUGUUGAAAAUCAUGGAUUCUUUAGAUGUGCUGUUGUACAAAAUCAACCGAGACGAAAAACACGUGUAUUAUCGAGAGGAAGUUCAUUUAGGUAUAGCGGAAAAACUCAAAAACAAAUUAUUGAAUUCGUAAGAGAAAAUUAUGUGAAACGACAAAACUUCCAAAGGUCUCAAUCAUUCCGUCAAGGUCCUCUACACGCGAGUAGCCGAAGUCAAUCGCAUAACUACGUGAAUUCCAGCAUUUCAGCUAAUCCCCUCCUACCAAUUGACACUGCGGACUGGGAUUAUCGCAAUCAAUGCACAGGCUCGACGAUGCCUUCUCAGACGAAGAAGGAAGCGGGUACCUUGGAUCGCCGACAAGACAAUCCUAUCGACCACAUGCGAUCUCAAGUCACAGCAGCCCAGGUGGAGAUUUAUCAGACGAAGAAUUAUGCGCGGGAAUCCCCAGCAUCGGUUGCAGUGGGAGCAUCGGGGGCGGUGGGACAGCAACACCAAUCGGGAGUGGGGGUUAUGGAAUCAUCGAGCAACAUUUCGAAUCGCUCUGUAUCGCCGGAUCAAAUGCGAACAGCGUCAUGGAAUUCCCCCAGUCAUCUAACAACAUCCAUCAGCAGCAGCAACAACAACAACAGUAUGCGAGGUCAAGAUCGGGGUCGUGCGCUUCAAGGAGGUCACAGUUCAGGUCCGAGCCUCUUAUCCCUCUCGUACAACAGUACCCCGCGUCGAGUCUCAGUGGGAUCUCAGGUAUAUGUCCCUGUGUCGUCACCUCUAAUGCUCCACCGGGAACAGGCACCACACCUCACUAUCACCACCAGCAACAACAACACAAUCACCACUCACACCAAAUGCACCAACACUCCAAUUUUGGUGGAUCUCAACAACUCUAUGGAAUCGGACUAUCAAUACCAGGAGGAGGAAUACCUGGAGGAGGAGGAGGAGGAGGAGGAGGAGGAGGACUUAGUAGAGGAGGAAGUGGAUUCGGACUUGACACAAUCUACCAUCAAUCGGGGGGAGAAUAUUGCACCUCAACCGGCAUCCAGACAAUUGCACCACCAAACACCACAACAGCCGCAAAUUCAACGGGAACCCAUCCAAGCCCUUUAUAGCAGUACCAGUUAUUCGAUGUCUAAACAAUCUUUGCUUAAUAAUAAUCAAAAUAAUAUUUCUACUGAAACAGAAUCAGAUAAUAUAAUAUACCAAGAUAUUAAUGAUUUAGGUCACUAUAAACAAAUAAAAUCAAGUGGAAGUAGCAAUGGUGGCGGUAGUAUUAAGAGUGGAAUUAUUAAUAAUAAUAAUGUUAGCAACACUAACAAUAAAAAACAAAUUUAUGAAAACCAAUUUACAAAUAAAAUCGAAAAUAAUUUAAGUACAACUUUUAAUGAACGGGAUCUAUAUGCUACUGUAAAUCGCAAAAAUAAAACCAAAGCACGUGGAAAACAUUUAAGUGAUGAAUUUAUUGAUGAACAGAUUGUACAAUAUACUAUGUCGAAACGUAAUAAUAUUGGCAUAAGCAACGAUAUUAGCCGUUCAACUGGUACAAAUUAUUUUACGAAUCAAUUUUCAAAUGAUGAUAAUAACUUCCAAUAUGGCAGUGAACUCAACCAUCAAUCUGAAGAUUCAUCUUCUGAUUAUUUCGGAUUAAGUUCACUGCGUAAUGGUAACAUGAGUCGAUUUGAAGCUGAGAACGCUUUAACACAUUCAGCUAAUUAUUUAUCACAAUCAUUAGAAUCACAACAAAAUUCAUACCCAAGAAAUACUCAGUCAUUACCUAGAAAUUCAGAGUUAUCGGGUGUUGAUUCAGUAGAUUCCUAUGAUAGCCACUAUUUAACUCAUUAUCUGGGUAAUAUGCGUCGGGCUUCAAAUCCGGCUCCAAAUAAUUCAAAUAAUUACACUUUAUACGCUAAUGUUAAACCAAAAGAAACACAGAUUAGGUCAGAACGGGAUCGAAGUGAAUCAUCUUCUCCAUUAGAUAAGCAUAAAAAUUCUUCUGAGCGAUUAGAAUUUGAAUUGUCAAGUAUAAACUUGUAUUCUGCCAUUCCCGGCUAUAAGGAGAAUGGAUAUGAAGAAAAUAUUUACGACCACGUAGAUAAAGAAUCUUGGCUGAAAAGCACAUCUUGUAAAGACCUGCUCGACUUUUCUUCGUUUGAGGGGGAGAAACCAAAGCCAAUGGCAUUUGAUAGAGAAUUUUUGUCUUUUGAUCGAAUUGAUUCACCUAUAACGCGUUAUGAUGAUUCACGGCAUUCUAUGUAUAUAACGAAAAAUCAUUCAAUUGAUACUUAUCAAGACUUUACUUCUAUCCCGGAUAGUAAAGUCUAUUCGUCAAGCUAUCCCGGGAGUACAUAUAAUACUGUGGAUCAUCAUAACAAACGUGGAUAUGGUCAUCAUUUCGAUUAUACUGGUUCGCAAGACGAUAUUUCUCAUGAUAGUUAUGAACUAUUAGAGAAAAUUGAUUUGGAAUUGUACAGAAAACAUGCGAAAUCUGAUGAAAAUGUCCGAUCAUGUUCUUUAGAUUCUGGUAAUUAUAUACCAAGUGAUGACGAAAGCAUUUCUGAAGUUCAAAAAUAUCGUUCUGCAAUUGAUGUAAAGUCCAAAUCAGCUGCAGAUAUCAUGAAUGAAAUAUGGGAUUCUGAAGAUCCGCGAUAUUUACCACGCGAAAAAUUGUGCGUUAAAUCAGAUGGAAGUUUUUACAAACUUGUGAAAAAAUCAUUAGGUUCAAGGACAUCAAGUCAAGAAUCCCGAAGUGACAUAUAUGAAACAAAAAUAUCCCGAAGCACUGAUUCUAGCAAAAAAUCUCGAGAUAGUUUGUAUCAUACUGAUAGUAAAAAAUCUAGAAGUCAAGAAUCUAAAGAAUCUUUGAUUGGUGAUUUUAUGGGAUUAACGAAAAAUUAUGAAAUGCCUGCUACAACAGGUAAAAAAAUUGUAGACUUAACAAAAAAAACCGUUGAAAAAAGUUCAAGCCAAGAAUCUAAAAGUGAUUAUUAUGAUGCUGUAGAUGAAAGCGACGGCGUCUACAGUCGACCAAAAGUGAAAAGCCAUGAUAAUUUGAAUUCGGAAGUUAAAGGAGACUUUUAUGAUAAUCGAGAUUCUUAUUCGACAUUUCCAAGUAAUAAAACUCAUAAAACUUCAAAUGUGCAUUCUAUUAGCUUACAGAAUGUUGAAAUCGAACGCAACGCUAAAUCAUUCGGUUCAAAAUCGCCAGAUUCGGCACCUAUUAGAUCACGUGAAGAGAAAGAAGUCCAAACAUAUUCCUCUAUCGAAGCAACUGGUGAUACUCAUGGUGACAAAAUGAGGGCAUUCAGAAGGCGAUCUGAUAGUGAAAAUAUAUUUAGCUUCGAUCAAGAACGUAUUGAGUCAUUAACAGGAACUAUACCUGAACCAUCGGCUGCUAUCAAUGACAAAACAAGGCGUAGUCCAGAAUACCCCUUAACUCCAGAAUUAAUGUCAGAAUUUGAUAAACAACAACACUCUGCCCAAGUAAAGAAAACUUCCCGUAAAGAAGAACUCAUAGCGAAAACUCAUUUCGAAGAGUACAAUCCAAAAGUUCUCAUUGAUCCAAAUAAACCACUUGGUGGAGUCCUCGUUCCAUUAUCAUACCCGCAUGCAACUGUUGAACGAACCAAAAGUGACCCAAAUUCUUUGGCGAACCGUUCUAGGAUGGGGUGUAACUUCCGACGCCAUGUUUUGAUGCAUCAACAGUCAAUCGAUUUGACUCCAGCUGAUUCUAGUGAUGAAGAUUAUAUAUAUAAACAGAUUCCCAGCGCACCGCCCCUUUGCAAGACUCACGGGCACUUUGAAAUACCUAAAAAUUACGAUGCUCCUGUUACAGCCACUGAAAUUCCAAAAACCGGAUUCGAAAUGCCGAAAAGCUUUUUCCGCGAUUAUGAAAAACGUACAACGAAAAUUUUAAAAGAAGAUAUUCCUUACGUUUUACACAAACGGCAUAUUAUGAAUGGAACAGCUCCCUCUCCGGGAGAGAAAAAACAUUCCAAACCAAAAAGCCCAAAAUCACCUAAAUCACCCAAGUCACCAAAAGUUGAAGCCAAAAGAGAAUUAUCUGAUUUACUUUCUGUCGAUUUAUUGCCGGAUAUACUCGACAAUUUGAAACCAGAAGAAAAACAAAGUUUCCUUUUCACCCAAAACAUAGAUUUAUCGAAAGUUGAUCCUGUUACAUUGGAAGUAGAUAAAUCGGGUCCCACAAUUGAAAUAUCUAGUCCAUCUCGUCGUGAUAUUACAAAACAAAUUGAUCCUAAAUUACUUGAAAAGCUUAAUAAUAAACUAAGUCAAAUUGAAAGUGAUUCAGCUACUAGCUCUCGAACUGAGAGUUUACAAAAGCAGAAACUUGAACAAAAGCAAAUUGAAUUAAUUCAAAAUCUUAAAAAGGAACUUCAAGUUCCUUCAAAACGUUUGAAUAAACCAAGAGUAAUACCAAAAACACGGCAGCCUGGAAAACCUAAAAACAAAGGUAAAACACGUAUAACAUCAUUUUCUUCCGACGAUGAAAGUCUUGAUACAGAUGAUGUUUUUGGAUCAGCCGAAGCUAUUCCAUCGCGCUUAGAAUUUUCUCCUCCGCAGUCUCGGAAAGAAAUAGAACCAAUACUAAAAAUAGAACACAGCAAAAUUAUUUCAGCAGCUUGGGGAAGAGGCCAAACAAUGAGUUCAACUGAAAUCGAAGGUUCCCCACCUCAAUGUCGCCGCUUAGCUGAACUUGAUGCUAGAUAUAAUCAGCAAAAAUUGGACCCACCAUAUGCAAAUGCCACCGAAUUAAGGCGAAUAUCGGAGCGUUCAAUUUCCAUUCCUAGUUCUGAAGACGAGCCUCACACCCCGAACAAACGCGGAGAUGAAUGCACCGGAGAUUAUCAAAGGAAUGAAAAUAUACCAUCACCUAUACUUGAAUCAGCAGAAUUCUUACGAACUGAUGAUGAAGUUUACGAAACUUGUCACGAAGAUAAGAUAUCAGAGGGUGACUUAACGUACACUUUAAAAAAGAAAAACGUUGUUUCCCCUAUGCGAAAUGACCCUAAUGAGGUGCCUAAAUCAAAAGCGAAAAUGAUUGAAGAGUUAAUAGACUCUUCCUUAAUUAUGCGAUCCAAGGGUCAUGCUCCAAUUCUUUUCGCUCACGCUCGGUUAAAUUUGUCAGAAGGAUCAGCAUUUGCAUCUCUUCAAAGACAAAAGGCAACUCAAGAAUCACCAGAAGGAGGUAGACGAACGAAAAGUUUAGAUACUCCUGUUAUAUCUCUACAUAAAUUACCGCCAAUGAAUGCUUUUUCUUCGAAAGAUGAUACAGUUGGUUUCGAAGAGGAGGAAGGUGAAUAUUUAGAAGAAAAACCUUUAAGUAGAGAAAAUACGACUGUGCAAGACGAUGAAAAUGCUGACAGUAUUCACUCAUGUGGUGGCUCAAUUCCAUCUGCGAAAAUUAGUAUAACACCACAAAGAAGAGAUUCAAUUUUGGGAAUCUUAAUAGAUUCAGAAGAAAAAGAUUUACUUAAUCAACUUCAGUUUAUAGAAAAAAUUACUUUACAAGGCGUUAAAAUUAAAGAAAAAAAAAGGUCAAAAAUGAAAUUACGUAGUGGUGAUCAUUUGAUUUUAGAUAUUCCAAAUUAUAAAUUUGACAAAUCUCCAUGGAGUUCUGCAAAUAGUUCACGUAAAACUUCUCCCGGUGUUUCAAGAGCAAGCAGUGUUGAAAGUACAGGUCGUGGGAAACAAAAAACUAGUCCAAAAACUUCAGAAUCUAGUAAACUCCCCAAAUCUAAAAACGGUAAACCCCAGAAACCUACACUAGAUGGUCUUAAGCCGGGUUCAAAAGAUGCAGAAGAUUAUUUCAGAAAUGGUAGAAGAACGGGAUCAAAAGAUCGUCCUAAAUCUAUUGAACGAGAAUCAAGACGUUUAAGUCGAGACAAAAGUAAAUCCCAAGAAGAGACUGAGGCUGACGUAGCAAAACGUAAGGAGCGACAACAAAAACUUUAUGAGUCAGCUAUGAAAAAUACAAUGCUCAGUCCAGUAAAAGAUCAAUUACCCCAAUUCCCUGCUCCUGAAGACAAAAUUUCAGUCAAAACUGAAGGUGAUAAAAUCAUUAUAGAAACUGAAUUUAAAAGUAAAGCUGAAGAUCACGUUUUAAUUGCAAAAUCCCCAAGAAAAUUAGACUCUUCUUUAGUUAAGUUUAGCAGAAGUUUUGAUGAAGGUCGAAGCCAAGAAAAAAUUGAAAAAGCCAGUCGUAGCUUUGAGGAUCGGAAUAAAUCUUUUGAAGAUUCUGAAAGAUCAGAUACUCAAGAAGAUAUGGUAAUAAAAUCUCCUAGAAAAAUUGCAAAAAGUCAAGAAAUAAAACAGAAAAUUGAAGGCUCAGUGGUUCAUAAAAAAAUUGAAGGCAAAUCCAAGAGCUUGGAACGUAAAACUGAACAUCAUUAUCUCGCAGCUGAAGUUAAAGCUCGCAGUUUGGAUGAUAAAAUUGAUGACAAGAAGCCAGGAUCGCCAGAAACUAAAAUUAAAAUUAUUAAACCCAAAGCAGGGGAACGUAGUCCAUCGAGUUUGUCGCCUAAAAGAAUAAUUACGGAUAAGAAAACAUAUGCUCAACCAGCGAUAAAAGUCGUAGAGGAAAUCGAUAUGCAAGCUGUAAUAUCUGAACGCCGAUCGCUAGAUCUUUUAAAACGUCAGUCCCUUCCGUCGGAAGACACGAAAGAUGAAGGAAUGUCUAGCAGAAAGCAAUCUCGAGCCGGUAGUGAAAAUGAAUCUGUUAUAUCGACGGCAUCUGAUCACAUAAGAGAUGAUCAAAAAAGUGAAGACCAAAGUGACUAUCGCAGUGCUAAAAACGAUUUUCAACACAGGGUACCAACAAUUGAAUGUGAAGAGCCGUCUAUAGAAGAGGAUGACGAUUCAAAUGAAAUGGACCAUUUAAAAAUUUCAAAAUUAGAUACAAAUAGAUUGAGUCUAGAAAGAAGCGGCAGCAAUGAAACCGCGUCUUGGAUGACAGUUGAAUGUGAAGAAUAUAUUGGUUCUGAAGGAUCAGAAGAACCUAGAACGUUAGAAAAAGAUCGGAAUGCUUUCGAAACACAAGAAACGAUUGAUGCAGAAUUUAACACGGCCUUAGAUUCUGAAUCAGUAACGCCAGUACUAAUUACUCCCCCAGAUAUAAGUCCAAUGGCGGAAAAAUCAGCAAUUGAAGAUUUUGCAAGACGUCAAGAUGAAGAAAAAAGGAAUAAACAACAAGGAAACGUGGAAAAAAAAGAAAUAUUUACAACCAGAGAAACAAGACAUGAAUGGAGUUUGGCUACUAAUGCUAGAGAAAAAAGUUCUGUGGAAGAUGAGUCUAGUGUAAGUUGUUCAAUUUCAAGGCCAAUGGGAAUUUCUCAAGAUUUUGGAGAUGUUGAUGAAAAAAAAUGUCAAGAGCUAAGGGAAAAAAUGUUGAAACUUAAUACUGAGGAACUUAAAGAAACAAAAGAAGAACCUCCAAAGAAAGUAUCUACGCCAACAUUAGAAAAACAAAGUUCUAUUGAUAUGGGGGUAUCAACCGAUUUUGACCAAGAGCAGAUUGAAGAAAGAAUCUCUCAAAUACUUGAACGAGGUUCUAGUGGUGAAUCAGGUAGCUCUGGCGGUUCUGGUAAGCUUCCGAAGAUUGUGAAACCUUUACGUGUACAUAAGAAACUUGUUAGAGAAGGUGGACUAUCUCCUCAACUUCAAAAAUCAAAUGGCGGCAGUUCGCAAGAAUCUAAGUCAAGUUUUGAUUCCAAAGGGUCUCUUAGCGUAGAAUCUCGCGGCUCUUUUGAAACUGAAAGUAGUUCUGGUUCACUGGGCGCUGCACAACGAAGAGGUGAGCUUCUUCAAAAGGAGCAACAAGUUACUUGGAAACCGUUCCCAAUUGAAAGUUCUGGAAGCUCCAGUACAGAAGAACCAUGGCAACAUCCUGAUGCCGAAACCUAUGAAAGUUUUGAUAAUUCAAUUCCCCAAGUUACAAAAGAUUCUUCUGAUAGCGACGUAAAAGAAAUUUCACCAGAAGAUCAAAAAGAAAGUGAUUCAAGUUUUCAGGAUGAACUGAAUGAUUUCCCUAAUUCAUUCGGUUAUCCAACCGGAAUUAUGGCAGGUGGCGUAGGUGCAAUAGGUGUCAACCCGACGGAUAUUUUAGGAUAUAGUUCAGCAUUUUCUUUGGGUCGCACUUUAUCUAGAAUAUCUGAAAGAAGUACUGCUUCUGAAAAAUCAAGUAUGGAUGAUGAUUUAAGUAAAGCGUCUUCAGCUAGUAUUCGCGAUGAAUCUGUUCAAUCAACUGACCAUCAAGCCAGUUUAAGUUCAGAUUCGCGAAGCAAUACCAAUUUGGCUUAUAUUUCAGAUGCUGACCGCAGAACUUCGGCAGAAAUGCCAGAAAUUCCGUGUGAUUCAGCAACUGGUGAAAGACUUUCGAGUUUCUGCAGUAGUAGUGAACCUAAAUCGCCUACUGUAAAAACUGGAAGAUUUUCAGUAACUCAAGUAACAGAAGUUCAAAUUGGUAUUGAGAACCCAGACGGUACACAAAAACAAAAUAUACUAUGUUUAUCAACUGGAGGGGGCAGUCAAGAUUCAGAAGACUGGCCCCUUCCGGAAAUACCAUAUGACCACGUACCUGUUAAGCCCGUUGAAUCAAUAUACGUUAUGCCAGAUCUAGAUAAACCAGUUCCUAAAACUUUUUGUUGGAAACCUGGACCCGGUUUGCAAAGUCACGAUUCUCAGGAUUGGCCAUCUCCUCCAUCAAGCACAGCUGAAGAAGGAACUCCAACACCUAUUAUCGAAAGUAUUGAAACCUUUUUUGUGAGAGAACCUGAAAGUGCCACCCAAAUUAUGGUCGAAUCUUACACUGCUACUGAUCACACGAUUGAAGAAAUGAGUGAAUCACAUGACGAAGACAAAAUGGAUGAAGAAAUGGAAAUGGAGCAUGAGCUAAAACAACAAGCAACUGAUAUAAAAGUAUUACCCUAUGAAAAAACCGCUUAUUUCAUGUCUACAGCCUUGGCAAGUCAAGAGCAAAUCGAUGAAACACCAACAUGUUUGAGCUCAACAAUUAGUCUUGCCACAUCAUUCAGUAAUGUAACAUGUUGUUCAUCAACAAAAUCUCUUCAAAACCAAAAUAUGAUGCGUGAAACAGGUCAUGAGCCUGUUAUAAUAUCCCAACCUUUACGUUCACCACAAAAUCGAAGUCCAAUUUCUGAAGACGACUUAUUUUCUAACGAUGAUGUUUUCAGUCCUGGAACUGUAAAGAUAGAAAUUUCUCCGGAUGAUAGCAAAACGGGUGAAUUUACGAAUAAAUUUUCAAGAGGUUCGAACAAUUCAGAUACUUCUAUUGACGAUAUACUAUCAGCCAGCACAUACUUAGAUGAUGCGACAACUGUUCGACGUAUUAGUGAUCCACGACUCAGCACAAGUUCUUGCAAAAAAUGCAGCCACUCCAGUCAUUCAGAAGAAGAAACAAGUUCUUUAGGAACUGACUUGGAUGGAACCGUUAGAAUGGGAUUACAACAGAAAAAAUGUACUCAUAGUUCUCACUCUGAAGAUACUUCAAUUGGUUUAAGUAUUUCUGAAUGGUCUACUGGUACGAACACUGUACGACAAUACGCUAACUUAUCAGGUUCAGACAGCCUUUCAGCUGUAUCAAAUCACUCAGGUGGCCCGAAAAGUGAAAAGUCUAAUCAUACUAAAUCCAGUAUAAGUUCAAUUAACAAGUCAACGGAGAGUCUUAAUGAGAAGAGUUGUAGUUUUUCUAGUAGUAAAAACAAAUUUUCAGGUGACAAUGGCUCAUCUGAAGGUCUUCGCUAUGACAUUCUUUCAAGUUCUGAAACCGAUAAAUUUACAGAAUCGAUGACAAAAAGCGACGACACUACUUUAACUUUAACUGAAAUGGCCCAAACUAUAACGGAGUGGUCCACCUCUAGUAGUAGAACUCUUGUUGGAGUUCCACCUAUUGAUGGAAAUUCUCAUCAACCACAUCAGCAAGCUUCAUUUGACAGUGGUCGAGCUGCAGCUUCGAAGCAUCGUGGUUCUAUUGAAUAUGUUCCAUUAAAGCACCCUAGAACUACUUCAAAAAAGCAAUCCCCCACAGAAGAAAAUUUACCGGGAAUACACAAACGUGGUUCUUCUAGCAACGGAAAUAGCCCCGAAGAUAAUGAUAAACAGAAAGCUGCUCCACCAAAGGCCGCGGAAAGAUCGUUUAAAACACAACCUCAGUCUCGGGGAAGUUCCGCUGAAGAAAAACAGAAACAAGAAGAAUCGUCAAGAAAACGGCGAUCCCUUGAAAUGAUGUCACAAAGAUAUCAGAGCCAAGAUAUAUCUUCAGAAGGAGAAGCUUUCGUUGAACGUUUAUACCCCCAAGCGGAAAAGUUUUCGGAAAGGUAUCAAAGUCAAGAGUUUUUGCCUUUUCAACCCUUACCCAGAAAAACCGCAGUAAAUGGAAGACCAGUACAACAACAAACUCAGCAACCUAUUACGCAGCAACCGGUAUCCCAACAAAAAGUGCAACAACAACAGAUCCAACAACAACAAUUGCAACAACAAUCUCAACAACAACUUCAGCAAACGCAAGCUAAUCAACCCAAUGCAAUGCAACCAACUGAGAUUAAGCAAUCCCCACAAGUUGUUCCGCAAGUUCACCGAGAACCAAACCCUUAUGAUAAGCCGCUAAUUAAACACCACAGCUAUGACGAUAAAACUUUAUCCAAAUCUCAAAUACGUGAGUACAAAUCCAGCAAAAUUCGACAAUCACAAUCAUUUCACGAACAUUUAUUAACUUCAGGGUCAGACUGUCCUAAAAUUGAUGAAGAAAUCGCUCAAAUAACUCCUGCUGAAAGUAGCUCAACGACUACUACAACUCAAAAUAGUGAAAAGUCAACAAGUACAGAUAACUCUUCCCCAAUGCCUCAAAGACCAGAUAAAUUAGCAAAAUGUUCACCAUAUUAUUCGAGUAGUUUAAGUUCGGAAUCACCACCAAUGCAAUUGAUACAAAAACCACCACGAAAAACAUCUUUACCAAAAACACCAGCAGUUAAAAGUCCGCCUAGUGGAAAUGAUACCGAUAGUUCAGUUGAUUUUCGCCAAGAUCCAAAGCUAAGAAUACGUGGCUAUCGUAAAAAGAGACAAGUACCUGCUAAACGUAUAAUAAAGUCUGAACGAGUUCUUACCGAACAAGAAAGUUCGGAAUGUUCAGAAGGUUAUUUUCCUGCUAAUGAUUCAGGUAGUUCUGAUCCAUCGAAACGGGAACCACCAGAAUUUGAUGAGGAACAAGAAAACGAAACUGACGAUUACGAAGAUUACCCAGCGUAUCCAUCUUCAUCAUCAUAUGCUGGUAAAUUUGAAAGUCUCGAUAUGUCAGAAAAUGUUGAUGAAAUGGGAUUUCCCAGAUACGACCGAUUAGGACAUAUAACAAGUCCUAUGUAUACACAGCGUGCUACAUCUGAAAUAAAUAAUGUAAUAGGACAACAUACACAGCAGCAAUAUCAAAUACCACAACAAAUAUCGCAACAACAACAACAACAACAACAACCAAUUAAGCCACAAAGACGAAGGCGACAACUGAAACGUGAAGAAUCAAUGGAUCCCAACACUUAUUUCGACCAAUAUAAAAGAAUUGAAGAAACGCAAGCUGGUCUUUCUGAUGAGCCAUGUGGUGGUGGCGGUUCUAGUGAAGAUAGCUUUGCGGCUGUUACAGGUAUUAGCGCAACAGCUGCAAGACGGUUAAGUAACGUUAGACAAGAAAGCUUAGAACUACCAUAUCCUGAUUUCUUAUCUGAUUAUGAAAAUGAAGAAGGUGGACCGUUUGGUGAUGGUGAUUUUAGUUUUACAGUUGUUCCACCACCAAAUUUUUUAAAUGAUUCCGAUGAAAGCGGUAGUGGAAAGUAAAAUGUAACUCUUAAUAUUUUAUUUAUAUUAGUUUUUAAAAGAAAACAAAAAAUAAGUAAAUUAUUACUCUAUUACGGAUUUUAAAAUUUUGAGUAAUAUGGUAACUUUUCAAAAAAAAAAAAAUUUAGCCAAAAGUAGAAAAAAAAUUUUAGAUUUAUUUAAAAAAUAGUGCUAUAUGUUUGUAAAUAUAAUUAAGUUGAGAUACUUGAAAAUCACAGUGUUGUCAAAAUAAAAAUUUCAUAAAACUCCUCGUGUUCAAUAAUUUCAGGUUUGUAAUUCAACUCAUAACUCAUUUUUUUAAAUGUUUUUUAUGUUUUUUCUGCUCCUUGUGCACAGUAGUACGUAAUGAUAUUAAAAACAUGAGUAUGGAAUUAAAUGUAAUAAUAAUUACAUUCUUUCUAUUUUAU